AUGUCAAUGAAGAAAUCAAAAUUUUCAAGCUAUCAAAAAAUUUAAUCAGAAAAUAGGUAGUCAGUGUCUAAAUUAAUCAGAGUUUCAAGCAUGACCAAUUUAUCCAACACCAGCACAGUUGUCAAAUUGUCCAUUAAAGAAUUGCUCGAGAAACAAAAGAAAGGCGAAAUCACAAAGCUCUCCCAAUAAAAAGAAAAUUUCAUCUCCAAAAUAGCUCCAAUCAAAAUAUAGACCUAAAACUCAAAAAAUAGUUCCCCCCGUUAUAGGAUUAAGCUACUCUCAAGUCCUCUAAGCACAAAUCGAACCACCUUAUCUAAAUCAUCCUAAGUUUCCCCUCUAAGACAAAAUAGAACUCUAGUACCUAAAGACUUCAUUUGCUUAUCAUAACCCCAAAUACAAAUCAGCUAAAUAGAAAAAUUAGAGGAAUUUGUAUCUAUCUCCAAUAACUCUCCAACAAGAAUAGAUAACAUGGAGGAUUAUUCGCCUAGUAUUAGAACCAAAAAUAUUGAAAUGGAACAAGAAAAAAUAUUAAAGGAAGAUAUUAAGCCUCCUAAGAAAACCAAAAAAGAAUUAAAAGGCUGUUUAUUAAGAGCCUUGAGAAAACUCAAAGAAAUGAAUAUAAAUACAAAAAUGAUGCUCCAAAAAUAAAUCUUCUCAAAGAAACCAUAUCAAAAACCAAAUUCGUAAGAGUUCAUCCAUGCUGUCAAAUUAAAUUAAUUAGAUAAGGUAAAGUAAUACAUUGAGAAGAACAAAUAUAUUAUUUUUGAUUUUGAUUACUUCAAUAUGACAGCUCUACAUUGGUCAAGUAAAAAGGGAUUCUAUGAAAUGACAGAAUUCCUUAUUAAAAAUCAUGCGGAUGUUGAUGCUAUUGAUAUUUUGAAUAGAACUCCUCUCUUUUUGGCAAUUCAAGAAAAUAAUAUUCCUAUAAUAGAAUUAUUAUUGAGAAAUAAAGCGUAUCCAUGGUCAACAUCCGUAACUGAUUUAGGAGAAGCUGUUGGAAAUAAUAGAAGAGUUAGAAAAAUAUUAACUUAAAUUCGUAGAGUUGAUAUAAUUAAUAUGUGGGGAGAAAAAAAGUUAAAGGAAGAGUUGUUUUGA